GGUUGUUUGUCCUACUUUUUGCACGUUUCUCGUGUUAAAAUGUGCUUUCCACAUCUUUUAAUGAUCUUUUAUGAUACGUUUCCAGAAUAAUGUCCAGCUCCCUGCCAGUGGUUUCUUCAGCAGCAGAGAGCUUAUACGUUCAGACAAUCUGAUUUGAUUGAAAACUCUGCAAAUCCCACUCUGGCCCCAGCGUUCAAUCUUACAUUAUCACACUGUCGCCCCAUAAACCCACUUCUUAAUCCUAAAGCCUUUUUAUUUUAUGGUCAGUGUGCCACAAAUCCCUCUUUGUAUUACCCCGCCCCCAUUUGACUGUAUAAGUGUGUGUGUGAGUCUGGAUGUGAGGGGAUGAGUUCCGCCACAGCUGGCAUUCUCAUCCAGGACUUUUUUUAGUGUCCUGCUCGGAGGGAAUCGGGGAACAACCCAAACUCAUACCUGGAUAAGGUCAAACGGAGGAUUUUUUAACCGGAUGAUCUGAUUAUUUUGACAUUUAUUGUGGUUUUGCUGAACUCUGAGGAUAUUCUUAACAAUUUUCUUUAAUUUGUUCUAAAUUUUGGGGGAGAACAAAGAUUUUAUUUUGUUUUUUUGGUCAAAUCUGCCAACAGCAGCCUGGAAAAAUGUUCUAGAGGAGAAAAGGACAAUUUUAUGCUGACCAUGACAACUCACUUUUGGAUACACAGCACUAUGUUUAUUUAAUCAUCCACAAAAAAAAAUUAAAAUAUUUUCAAACUUCACUAUUCAAGAACCCAUUUUUAUUUGGAAGAGCCACAAAAAAAGGAUCCACAUCUCAGCAAACUCGAUGCAGGACCCCCGAGCAUCACCUCAAUGAAAGGGCAUAAAGAAGAAGCGCGCUCUCGGUGAAACAGCAUCAGCACCGAUGCGCGUCCCCGCCCCGGCCGCGGCUGCCCAAGAUCUGGAGAAGGAGUUGGAGCUGUGCGAGUUAAAAGUUGGGCUAAAAGGGGUGUGAGAGGAUGCUGCAGAAGAUUUGAACACAAUCUGUGGAGAAACGCGUGAAAAGUGAAGGAUGCCUCGCGCACUUCUGGGCAUAUGCCUCCUGUUUUUGGGCUUCCAUUCAUCCUCAUCAGAUGAAUGUGUGGAUCCACUCGUCUCUGGACUUUAUGCUUCCUCCUUCUGGGCGUCUUCCAGAUAUAACUUUCUUUAUUCUGCUAAUUUUGCAAAGCUGUAUGGCAGCAGUGGCUGGUCUCCCUCCCCCAGGGACAGACAGCCAUGGCUGCAGGUGAACCUGGGCAGGAAGUACAAGCUGAGGGCGAUCGCCACCCAGGGCACCUUUAACUCGUACGACUGGGUCACCAAGUACACCAUCCUGUAUGGAGACCGCCCAGACUCCUGGACGCCAUACAUCAUGCAAGGAGGCAACUCUACACUGCCUGGGAAUUGGAAUUAUUAUCAAGUGAAGAGGAAUGUCUUCCAUUAUGCCUUUACUGCUAAACACAUUCGUCUGCUGCCUCUGGCGUGGAACACAGAGAACGGAGGCAAGAUCGGCGUGAGACUGGAGCUGUUUGGCUGUCCUUAUGAUUCUUAUGUGCUGCAGUACAACGGGGACGACUCGGUGAUCUACAUGUACCCGGAAAAAAGGUCCCGCACUCUGCAGGAUCACAUUGCUCUGAAUUUCAAAACUCUGGAGCAGGACGGGCUGCUGUUGCACAGUGAGGGGAUACAGGGGGACGUCUUUACCCUGGAGCUGAAGAAAGGCCGUCUUUACCUGCACAUCAGCCUUGGAAGCAGUGUUUUACACAAAAUUGAUGGUCGAAUUACCCUGACUGCUGGUAGCCUUCUUGAUAACCUCCACUGGCACUAUGUGACCAUCAAGCGCCAUGGACGACAGGUCAACUUUACAGUAGACAGUCAGACAGUGACAGCUAUCUGCAAAGGCGACUUCACUCACUUGGAUCUGGACUCCCAGAUGUACGUCGGAGGAGUGAUUGAGCCAAAUUUGCCUCAUCUCCCUACAACGCCGAAUUUCCGAGGCUGCUUGGAAAAUGUCUUCAUCAAUGACAUCAACGUCAUUGAUAUGGCCAAAAGAGAAGAACCAGAAAUCCGUAUUCCUCGAAAGAAAAAGCUGUAUUUUGCCUGCCGAGACAUCCUGCUCAAACCAAUGACCUUCGCCGGACCCAACAACUACCUACAAGUGCCUGGGUUCUUCAGAAGGCCUCGCAUGUUUGUCAAGUUCAAGUUCCGCUCAUGGGACUACACAGGACUGCUGAUGUUCACGCGCUUUGCUGACAACCUUGGUGCCCUUGAGCUGGGUCUAAGUGAGGGUCAGAUCAACGUGACCAUCUUCCAACCAGGAAACAAGAAAAUACAGUUUGCUGCAGGAUACAGGCUUAAUGAUGGGUACUGGCACUCCGUGGAUCUGGCAGCUCGAGACAACCUGCUGACUCUCACCAUAGAUGAAGAGGAAGCCUCGCCGCUAAAAAUCACCAACCCCUUCACCAUUAGGACUGGGGACCGCUACUUUUUUGGAGGUUGUCCAAAAACGAACAACACAAUAAGGAAGUGUGAGACAAAGCUGAAUCGCUUCCAUGGCUGCAUGCAGCACAUCUUCAUUGACAAUGAGCAGCUUGAUAUCGACAUUAUUUUGCAGCGGCAGUGGGGACGAUACGCUGAGCUUUUGUUGGGUACUUGUGGAAUCACUGAUAGAUGCACCCCAAAUCCGUGUGAACACGAGGGCAGAUGCAUCCAGUCCUGGGACGACUUCAUCUGCUUGUGUGAGAACACAGGAUAUAAAGGAGAAGUCUGUCACAUGUCGGUUUAUAAAGAGUCGUGUGAAGCGUACAGACUAAGUGGCAAAUACUGGUCCGGAAACUACACCAUUGAUCCGGAUCUUAGCGGGCCGCUGAAACCAUUCGAAGUGUACUGCAAGAUGAAAUCAUACAAAGCAUGGACGGUGAUCAUGCACGAUCGAACUGAAGCCACCACGGUGUCGGGGAGCUCCAUAGACCAGCCAUACAUAGGAGACGUCAACUACUGGAAUGCCUCCUGGGAUGAAGUUAGCGCUCUUGCUAACACCUCCAUGUACUGUGAGCAGUGGAUCGACUUCUCCUGCUACAAGUCCCGCCUACUAAACACACCAAAUGGGAGACCUUUCUCUUACUGGAUCGGUCGCAACAAUGAAAGUCACUAUUAUUGGGGUGGGACUUUCAGAGAAGUCCAAAAGUGCGGCUGCGCUGUCAACCAAACCUGCGUUGACCCAAAGUUUCAGUGCAACUGUGAUGCUGACUAUAGACAAUGGUUUUCCGAUAAAGGUUAUUUGGACUUUAGGGACCAUCUUCCAGUCAGGAAGUUGGUAAUUGGGGACACCAACAGGACUGGAUCACAAGCUCGUUUUACAGUUGGAGCACUCCGCUGCCAUGGCGAUAGAAGCAUUUGGAACACCAUUGCUUUCACAAAGCCAACGUACAUAACAUUCCCCACGUUAAGGCCUGGAACAACUAUUGACAUCUCUUUCCACUUUAAAACCUAUCGGGGCAAUUGUGUCUUCUUGGAGAAUUCUGAUGACCAUCUUAAAAACUUUGUCCGAGUAGAGCUGAACUCGACCCACAACCUUGCUCUCGUCUUCAUGGUUGGCGAUGGCAUCCUCAAUGUUACUCUGCACUCUCUCGUUCCUCUCAAUGACAAUGAAUGGCAUUUCGUUCAGGCUGAACUCAAUGUGAAAGUGGCUCGGAUUAAGGUAGAUUACCAGCCCUGGGCGGUCAAACGCUUUCCAGGUCAGACUUUUGUCACCAUGCAGUUCACCCAUCCUCUCCUUGUAGGAGCAGCUAAUCGUACCCUAAGACCUUUCCUAGGAUGCCUUCGAGGGUUACGUAUAAAUGGCAUUCCUCUCGAUUUGGAGGGGAAAGUAAAUGAAAUACAGGGCAUAAGGAGGAAUUGCACAGGGGAGUGUCUCAAUGCUACCAUACCGUGUCGAAACAGUGGUCAGUGCAUUGAAGGAUAUGCAUCCUAUACCUGCGAUUGUAACAACACAGCCUUCGAUGGGUUCUACUGUCACAGAGACAUUGGAGCUUUUUUUGAGAUUGGAUCAUGGCUGAGGUACAACGUUCGAAAAAAGCCGGUGACAGACGAAGCAGCGUGGGCAAACUGGAUCGAUCCGCACUACGACAAUUUCAGUCUGGGCUACAACGACACGGCAGACGACAUAGAGUUCAGCUUCAGCACGGUUCACACGCCAGCCGUGUUGCUCUACAUCAGCUCAUUCAUGCAGGACUACAUCGCUGUCAUCCUGAAAAACGACGGUAGUGUUGAUCUAAGGUAUAAGCUGGGACUCAUAACACACAAGUACCAACUGACUCACCGAAACCUGGCCGAUGGAUUUCCCCACUACGUGAACAUAACCAGGCACAACAGAACUAUCAAAACACAGGUGGAUUACAUGGAACCAAUCGUUGAAAAGAUAACCUUGGUGGAGGAUGCCAGGUUUGACUCCCCCAGGUCCAUGUAUUUGGGCAGAGUUAUGGAGGUUGGUGAUAUCGACUAUGAAAUUCAGAGGCACAACGCUCCGGGCUUCAUCGGCUGCAUAUCUGGGGUGAGGUACAACGUGUACGCCCCCCUAAAAGCCUUGUUCCGCCCAAAUGAAACAGACCCGCCGGUAACAACACAAGGCUACGUGUCCGAGUCCAACUGUGGGGCCUUCCCUCCUGUCCUGGGUUAUGUACCGUGGGAAGUAGACCCCUGGUUUACUGGAAUCGAAUAUUUUUACAUCCAUGAUGACCUAGGUCUGUUUUGGAUAACAGUUAUCGUCAUCUUGGCACUGCUGCUACUCUUCGGAGGUCUGUACACCAUCUACGUGUAUGCGUACCAACAGAAGGGCAGUUACCACACUAAUGAACCCAAAAACUUGGAGUCCCCCAGCAGCUCCAGACCGCUUACUGAGACCCUGAGAAGAGAAAAAAAGGCCCUUCCAGAAAUUGAAGAGGAGUUCCGAAGUGGCUAGUAUCACAGGACUUAUGGGACAAAGGGGUGGGGGUUUUACACAGGGAUUGGAGGGAGGGGGAAAUAGCACUUGCAAAAACCACAGUUACCUGUAGUAAUAUUUUGAAUUAUUUUGUCUCCUUUCUUACGCUUUAGUUUGUGUUUCUUUUCCCCUGUUGAGUGGGAUUUGACGCCUGGUGCUCUACUUUUCAUAGUAUGUAUUUUGGUAAGUUCCAGUUUUGCUGGGUUUCAAGUUCAAACAAAGCCCCAUAUUGCAUGAGUAGCCAACAAGUCUCACACUGUAUUGCAGGGUGAAAUACUGAAGUGCCUCUUCUGAGCGGGCUUGAUCUGAAAGCUUUAUGGCUAAUUCAGUGAGAGUUUAGACACUGUGGGAAAAUGGAUGUUAAUGGACGAAUAACUGGAACAUCAGAUUCAAGUGUUCAGGCUUGCAUUGAUUGAUUUCUUUAGAGACAUGUUUCAGUCCAGGGAAAGUUGUGAGUAGCUGUAAAAUGGAUUUCCAUCUUAAAUAUACCUUUUGAUGACAAUCUAUCAUGAAGCCAUCAUUAAAAUCACAAGAAAUAAUCUCUCACUGAUUUGAAUUGAGAAUUUAUCACUUUGCUUGCGAAGCAACUUAACAAAAAAUCUAAGAUAAAUCAAUGUGAAAGAGUUGACGAAGGGACAAAAACAGUAAACUCAAGAGAGGUAUUGAUAAGCAUGGAGCUUUAUGCUUUAAGAUGAUUUUAAAAAGGUAUGUAUGCUUAUAUUUGCUCUACUACACCCUAUAACUGUGCAUAACCUUUACAGAACGAUGAAUUCAAAGUAGCCAUAGUGUCAGUACAUAGCAGCUUUGCAGGGUAGUUUGCUCAGAUCACCACACUUUCUCAACAAUGACCCUUAGGGACUUAGAAUGUGAUGAUUUGAAGAAAUAGUACCUCGGGGUGUGAGAGCUUGGUGUCAUGCGGAAUCAAAAUGAACAUCAAGUUGACAAAAGUUGGAGUGACCUCAAUACCUGAUUUGCCCUUUCUUUUGUCUCACUUCUGGUUGCUUUUAAAUAAAGUCAAGCUGCUCUCAGCUUGGUGCUACGCAGUGAUAGUCUCAAAAACAAAGACCUAAUAAAACCAUAGAGUUCUUCCACAAUCCUUUAAGUGUGGUGAUAGACGGACUUCAGGGAACUGCAGCUUCCUAAACCAAGGUGGGAAGUACUCACAUAAACACACAAGUUACAACUGAACAAAGGACCACAAAAGAUUAGAAGGUAGGAUUUUACUUAAUCUCACACUGCUAAAAUACUUUCACUCAAUGCUGUAGGGUAGAGGAUAGUCCGUAGAUAGUGCCUCUAGACUGGCAAACCGGGUUGGGGACCUUCUUUUCAAGAAUGGGGACUGCGGGUGAGGUGCUCCAAUGGCCAAUAGUGCUCCAGUAGUGAAACCUCUGCAUCAGGAAACACAGGGUAGUUUCCAAUCCUGCGUUUGAGGGUUCUUGGGAGUUUGCCCAUCCAACCCUCAUGUGCUUUGUGGAUUUGGUGAAAGUGUUCAAUCUUGCCACUCAUGGGAUUCUGUGGGAGGAACUCUGGGAACAUGGAGGUCCAAGACCGCUUACUGAGAGCCGUUCAGUGUCAGUGCAACCACAGUAGAAGUUCAGGAAGUAAACCCUUCCUUGUUGGACUCUAGCAGGGAUCCUUUUGCAAUUGGUUUUAUUGACAGAACUUUCAGGUGCAUCCAGGAGCCUGAGAGUCCGGUUUCAUCUCUGCUUUUUGCAGAGGAUGUAGCACAGGAAUAGGCAACUCCAGGCCUCGAGGGCCGCAUUCCUGUCUGUUUUCUGGCAUGUUCUAAUCGGCUAGACACACAUGAACCAGAUAAUCAUGAGUAGGGCUUGGAUAUCUGGAAAUCGUGCAAGACACUGCGGCCCUCGAGGUCUGGAGUUGUCUAUCCCUGAUGUAGCAUGUUCAGUUGGCUUCAUCCAACCAGGACCUUCAAUGUGCACUGGUGCUGUUAGCUGGUAAGUUUUGACCUAUUGAAGAGAAUUAGCAAGUCAGAGACCGUUAUUGUAGACUGCAAAAAAAGGGUUUGUCCUUUUCUGGUGGGCGGAGAUCUUUUGUUCCAUAUAUGGAAGAGUUUGGAAGACAAAGUUUUGAGUUAACUAGUCUUUGUUUCUUCCUUCUCUCCUGGCCAUGACCUUUGAGAUCUUGGAUAAAGUGGCUGAGCAGAGUUUCCUCCGCAGGGUGGCUGGUCAUUCUCUUAGAGAUAAGGUUGAGGAGCUCUGUCACCCAGGAAGAAAUUGGAGUAGAUCAACUGAUUGUCUGUAUUGAGAGAGGCCAGUUGAGGUAGCUUGAACUUCUAUUCUGAUUGUCUCCUGGACGCCUCCCCGGAGAGGUUUUUCAGGUAGGGUUUCCAGGGAUGCGCUAGAGCAGGGGUGUCCAAAGUCAUUCCUUGAGGGUUUUCCAGAAACCCUGCCUUAUCUGCUGCUGAUUACCUGGAUCAGGUGUGUUUGGCCAAUAAGGAGUUUCAAUGGCAGGUUGGUUGGAAAACAGGUAGGACACCGCCCCUCGAGAACUGACUUUGAACACCCCUGUGCAAGAGAGACUACAUCUCACGGCAAGCUUGGAAUCGCCUUGCAGUUGCCCCGGCAGGAAGUUUCUGUGGACAGGGAGGUUUGGGCAUCUAGCUGACCACAACGCCAUCCUUGCUGCUACUUGUUAAGCUGCUUCUAAAGACAAUUUGAGUUCUACCUUUAGCUUAGUGAAAUCUCCCUUACCUGCAAGAGGAUUUUUCAUUUGGUGCAACCAAAGCUUCCAGCUGUAAUCACCUGCUGCAGCUCCGCUUCCCUCUAAAACACUAGUGUUUCAGCAGGUUUCAAAGGCAACAGCAUUACUUUUGCACCAUAUUAGCUAUGCAUAUUUAGAGCAUGAGCGCACUUUGCAAUAACAUGCAAUAAUAAAAGCUUCCUUUCAGCCACGAAUGUUAUCGUCUUUGAUUUGCAAAUGUACAGUAGCAAGUUGAUAAUGUGAAUAAAAGUGAUUGUAACAAAGCUUUGAGCUCUUCCUACCCCAAUGGUUUGUACAAAACAAGUUCAACGGAAUGUAUAUCCUUUGACUCUGUAAUGUAUGGGCAGACACUACGGUGAAAACCUGUUCUAAUGUUUUUAUAGUAGACUGCUGUGAAAGUACCAUUGAUAAAAGCUUUUGGAUCGCUCAGGAUAAAGAAAGUACAGUACUCACCCUCUGUGGUUCUGACAGAACUCCACAUUGUUGGAUGUCUUCCGCUACAGAUGGGCGCGACUGUGCAAAAACUGUACAGUGAGAGGAUGUAAAAACUGCAAUCACUGUAAAGGUACCCUUGUAUGAACCUGUACAGAUCUGGCCACCUGUGGUGUCUGACCAUUGUGUUGCCAGGAUGUGUUCUAUUGUCAGACGAAUGAAAGGUGAGCAGAGACUGAAAGUGGUGGGUUGACACUAAAACUGACUAUUUUUUGUCACAUUGGCAACUCAAACCAUUACACAAAACAUUGUUCAAAUAUGCUUUUAUGCACACAAAAAAAACACCUCGAUAAACUGGCUAUAAACUUAGCAGUGUCACAUGAUUGCCACUCACAUUGUAGUUUGUGUGGUCCUUUGAGUGUGUUUGUGUGACUUAGCUAUUUUGAUGCUUGUAUAGUUAUAGUUUACCCUACAGUGAGUAGUAAAUACAAAUGUGCACUAAAGCCAACUAUCCAACACACUAAAUGUUUUUCACUAGGUGAGAACGGGACUUGUAAAGAUGUGUUUUAACUGCAGUGAACAGAAGAGGGAGACAAACAGCAGGGUGGGCUUCUUGAACUUUAGUCUCAGUAAUAAGAGGUCAAUGAAGUCAGCAGGAGAUGACAUUGAGGUGGGAUUUUGCUCGACUCCACACUCUAAAAAGGAGAUCUGAAAAUGUACUAUAGCUUUGGUUAUUUUGCUGGCAAACUAUUCGUGAAACCAGAAGCGGAAGACAAGUUCAUUCAGCUCAGAUCCAUCUGUACCACCAUUCCUUCAACAACGAGCCAAUUGUAAAUUGUGUUUUUGAUCACAUGUUUUGGACUUAUGUUACUCCAGUUUGUUUUGUAAAGAAAAAUAAAAUCACUGUAAAUGACCAUUACUGUUAAAUCAAGGCUAAGCCUGACUUCCAUCUCAAUAAAAGAAGCUUGAAUGAG